GUAGAAAAUUUCUCCCGAAUGAGUAAUAAAUGUUUUUAUUUUGUUUGUGCACCGCGCGCUGUAUGUUUUUUCCCCUGUUUGUUCGAUGAUAAAGUGGCUUUUAUUCGCUUCAAUUGAUAAAUGAGUCGCGCAGAUACGGCUAUGAAAACGUGACCGUGCUCCCGCCCAAGAAACGCCUCGCCCAGAGUGCGCCUAACACGUGCUGGUGCAUCGCAGUCCGUAGUCCGAGGGGUGUGGGCCACCCGUUGAUAAGAGCGUUGAUGGUGAACUAAUCCGGGGAGCUAGAGCGACAGAAACGACCAGGCACCAUGUCUAACUAUCAACUGCACGCCAACGAAACGACCAUCUCGAUCCCGCGCAUCAUCACGGUGGACAGUGUGAACUACUACGAGAUACUGGUGAAAUGUGGCCAGGUCAUGUGGACGGUCAACCAUCGGUAUCGCGACUUUGCCGAGCUGCACGACCAGCUCGUGUCGGAACGGGGCGUCUCGAAGGACAAGCUGCCGCCGAAGAAGGUGCUCGGCAACAAGAGCCCCACCUUCCUGAAGAAACGCCAGGAAGCACUCGAGCAGUACCUGAGGGAGAUGCUAAUCUUUCUGAAGGUAACGAUGCCGCGGGAGUUUGUCGAGUUUCUCGACUUCCACCGGUACGAUAUCAUCUUUCUGGUGCAGCACCUGGCCAGCUCGCUGUUUCUGCGCGGGGACGCCUUUCUGGCCAAGUCGAAAAAGUACGGCUUCUCGGUGCUGGAGCUGCACGCGAUCAGCGAGCGGAUGCAGAUCCCUUGCCCGCCGACCGAGGCGGCCUGCAGCAACUACAACUUCUCCCACAUACUGGACUUUUGCGCCCAGCUCGAGACGAUCAUCGUGCUGCCGACCAAGAACAGUCUGCCCACGAUCCUGUACGACGACGAUACGGAUAAGUACAUCCCGCACGCGCUCCACAAACCGAUCGGUAGUAGCAAUCUCAUCCCGGUGCAGCUGCGGUACGAGCUGAGCGUGUUCAAAGUGUUGCGUAAUCUCAUCAUUUACGGCGUGCCGACGGAAAACAUUCAAAAUGUAGGUGCCUUGCGUGAAACGCUCUCAAGGAUAGAGGUGUACAAGAGCGAAACGAAGCAAAUCUGCCAAAUUGCGCUGUGUGAUAAUGUCCACAAGGAUGCGGCCGAGGACGAGCUGGACAAGUCGAAGCAGUGGAAAAACCUUCGCCACGCGGUGUUUAAGGAAAACCAGCUGACGGUGAUCGAUCGAACGAUCCGGCUGUUUCCCACCGUCAAGGAUCUGGUGCUGGACAAGAACAAGCUGGAAAGCAUCGCCCAUCUUAGCCACCUGAACAACCUGCAGAUACUCAGCCUGCGCUGCAACCGGAUAGCGCAGUGCGCGAACUGGCACGUCCAGCUCGGCAAUCUGGUCACGCUGAACCUGUCCCAGAACCGGAUACGCCUGCUCGAAGGGCUGGGCAAGCUGUACUCGCUGGUGAACUUGGAUUUGAGCUGCAAUUUAAUUGACGAUAUUAAUGAAAUUGAUUACAUCGGUAAUUUACCGCUGCUGGAGAAUCUGCGCCUCAUGGGGAAUCCGGUCGCCGGUGGUGUCGACUACCGUGCCCGGGUGCUUUCGCGAUUCGGCGAACGGUUGCAGGAGAUCUAUCUGGACAAUGAGAAGGGCAACCAGACGGAGUACGAUAUGGCGCUGGUGCUAUCUGCGCUGCGCAUAUCGGCCCAGAAAUCGCACCGCAAGCUGCACAGCCUGCUCGAACCGGGCGGUAGUACGCCCGCCGAAGAGCAGCAGGAGAAGCAGAAGAACGAUACCGAACGUGCCGGACCGAGUGGAGGAGCGGGCAGUUGAAACGAUGCUACAUUCCAAGCAGGCCGAGCGGACCAUUGGCAGCCUGCGAGAAACGAUGAAGGGUGUUUGCAUGGAGCGGGUUUUUAUUGAACGUAACUAGUACAGCAAAGCUGGACGAGGCCAAGCAUACCAGGGAGAGAGCGUGUGGGGAGAAUGGAAGAGAUAUUUUAACACCCAACACAGUUGACCGGAACGGAUAGAAACGUUCGGGAAAAUUAUUAUUAUUAUUACUAUUAUUUUAUACUGAAAUCUUUAUAAGCCAAAACCGCCCCCUUCGUGACAUGCUCUUGGUAGGGCGAAAAGGGUCUGAUGCAAUAUAUAUAUAUAUAUAUGUAUCUGUAACAGAA